UGGAAACCUGGAAAUGGAUAUGCUGAAUGAAGUGUAGAGCGAUAAGGAUGCGGUGUCUGAGCCAUCUCUGAGGCUGUUGCUGUUACUCGUGGAUAGACAUGACGGUAUCUGAUAAGGAUGGGCACCCAAGAGAUGAAUGGACAGUUUCGCAUGCAUGUCAAGAAGGAUCACUACCUGCCAAAAAUUUGAUUGUACCACCACCUUUAAGAGAAGAUUAUUGCACAACGGGAAUUUCCACCCACUGGCACGUUUAAAAGUCCCAAGUCCUUGUCAAGAUCCACGAUUGAUGACAGUAUGGAGGCGUCCCUCAGCAACCAUGGUCGCCGU